UCAAUACUAUUCCCGGUCAAAAUGGCUUCUGAGUCGGCAGCGCAGCUGUUUGUGCGGUUGGGUGGUAAACAGGCUCUAGGUGGACUGGAUUUAGAUCUUUUUGCAGAUAUUCCUGAUGGUGUUCAACCAGGAAAUGUUAUUGAAUUUUGUGGCAUGGAAGGAAGUGGCAAAACAGAGAUGCUUCUUCAUUUGAUUGCAAACUGUAUUCUCCCAAGGUCAUGGAAGGAUCUCAAACUUAAUGGAAGAUCUGUCGGGGUUGUAUUUGUAGACAAUGAUUUUCAUUUCCAGUUGCUGCGACUGGUAACAAUAAUGGAACACAGGAUAUUAAAAGCAAUCAGAGAUGCUGAUCAAUCUGAGAGGGCAUCAGAAAGUGAUAGAACUAACCCCCUCAAGGAAACUUCAGCAGGCAUUCCUCUUGUUUAUCCCGAGAAAUACAGUGAUUAUGAAAGCCUCAUCAAGUCUUGUCUUGGUCUGUUCUUUAUUGUUCGUUGUAACAGCAGCAUAGAAUUACUGGCGACUGUCUUAUCACUUGAAAAUCUCUUAGCUGCCAAGCCUGAAGUGGGUGUCUUUAUGAUUGACAGUUUGAGUGCAUUUUACUGGCUUGACAGAGGUAGUGGUGCAGAGAGCCUGGGUCUUCAAGAAUCAAACCAAAGAAAAGUUGUCAAUAUUUUACAAAAGUAUGUGCAGAAGUAUCAUGUGGCUCUGAUUGCCACUAAGCAAUCAAUCUUCAUGAACGCAGAAAAAUCAACAAAUCGUGAAUAUUUGUGUCAGCUGUGGCAAAGACUGGUGAAUCACCGUUAUGAAUUUGAUAGAAAUAUUGUUCAAACUGGAGUUGACAUAACUUAUUCAGUUCACAGAACUUUUCCGUUGAGCAGAAGACACCAAAGAUUUUUUAUCAAAGAAAGUGGCAUUGAAUUUAUGCGUUAAUCGUCUUAAAAUUUCAUAGAUUUUUAUUCAAGUUAUAGAUCAUAAUAUUGAAAUACCUUUUUUGUCAACUUUUUCCUCUUUGUGAGAAAUAUUUUGAAGAAUAAAUAUGAGCUCUCCAUUUUCCAUAAAUA